CUCAAACUGCGACAAAACAAAGACCAAGACUUCCUUUUAAACAGUUAUUUUGAAAAUGUUUAGCACCGUUACGAGCUGGCUCGGUGUGGGUCAAAGAUCCAAGGAAACAGAAGAGAACAAGGAAAAUGAAGGACAAGUUCAUUCAGAUAGUAAAGACAGCAUCAGCUCAACAUCAGUCGAGACGAGUAUAAGCUCCAAAGAAGGAUUGACAGAAACAGAAUCAGAGGAUAAUGAGGGGAAAGCUUCAUCCUCAUCUGAUUCAUCUCAUGAUGCUUCUCCAUUAGAAACUUUGGAAGAUGUGUCAGCUAAAGCUCUGAAUACUGCAAGGGAGUUUGGAAGUAAGAUUUCAUUUUCAAUAAAUAAUGUCAAUAAAAUAAAUAAUGUUAAUGUUACUGUUACAGUUACUUACUGUUAGUGUUAGUUUCCAGAACCAGAGUUCAGACUCCAGCUCAGGAGUCUAAAAUUAAUGUACUGUUACUGUUAGUGUUAGAGUUAGGGACUGUUGUGAAGUGAAUACAAUUUAAAUUGUUUCCCGGGCAGUUUCCCGGGUUUGCAUGUGCUUAGGGGUGUCAUCAAUGAAGAUGAUCUUCCAAAAUAGGAAAAAGCAUUACAUGGAGGCCCAUGAACUGGAAGAAAAGUAAUUUUUAGUGCAAAAUGUUUGUACAGGAUACUCAUACUACAUAAAUCAUAUGUUUGUACACAGGAAGUGGCUGCAAAAUUCACUGAUGACAAAAGCAGCUGCUUCCUUUGAAGUGCAUCAAGUUCUUCUCUCUUUGCAAUUGUAGACCUGUCACUGGGGAGGAGGGGGACUAUGAAUUAACGCUCACCUGAGUUUGAAAUCGACUUUUGUGUUGUGCAGAAUGUGCAUAUUCAGCACCUUUACUAAAUAAACUCAGUGCCAACCUGCAAUUUUUACAUUUUCGUUAAAUAAAUAGAUUAUAAAUAAUAGAUUAAAGUAAUUUGAUUAUAAUCAUGAUUUCUGUAAUAUAUUCCUCUCUGUAAGUAAUUUAAUAAUCUCUCUUUGCAAUAAUUUAGUAAUCUAUUCACUAUGUAUACAUAAAUCAAAAUCUUACAAUAAGUUAAGAUUUGAUGACUGAACAGUAAAAUAAGCCUUUUUGCAAUCUGCCACAUCUCUUUUAUAUAUAAAAUUAAUAGUCCCUCACAUAAAUUCGCUUCUUCUAUUUUUUGUUUUAUGCCAUUCAUAAUGAUAUACCGUAGUGUUUUAUUCUUUUUUUAAAGACAUUUAAUAUUUAUUUUGGCUAAUUUAGGCUUACAGAUCCCCUGUGUUUAUUUGACUGAUAUAGCUCCCCCUUUUUUUAUUCACUAGAGUGAAUGUUUCUUUUUUAUAAAUAUUAAUACGCCUAUAAAAAAAAAUAUAUUUUGCUUUUAUUUGUUUUUCUGACUUUCUUUUCAUAUUAAUGGCAUUUCAAGGGGUAGAAUUAAAUGUAGAGCUGAUUUUUAGAGAUAAAAAGAAGAAGAACGAGGCUGUUUGAAUAUGAGUGCACUGACAAGGUUCCAAAUGCAUGUGACUCAGAAAAAAAAAGAAAAAUCACAUGUUUAAUGAAUCCUGAAUCAUAGCUAUAAAUAAUAAAUACAUUAUCAGAGAGAUUUGAACAGUUGCAAAGUGUCAAUAUCACAUGAGGAGUUUUAAAUGACCUAAAAAUUCUGACAGACUCAAAGUAUCAUGUCAAGAUUUGGAGAAUAAGUUAAGGUAUCAAGAAAAAGCGAUAUACAUGGAUGUGAUCUGUUGACUGAAACACAUAUAGCCAAAGAUAAAUUUCCUCAUGGUAUAAAGUUUCCAAUAGAAGCUGAUAAAUUCAUAAAACACUUAAUAAGGUAUUGGAUGUCAUGCCAAAUCUGUGGGUAGCAUUGAGAAUAAUGCUUACAAUACCUAUUACUGUAGCCCCUGUCAAUAAAAGCUUUAGUAAACUAAAUCUUAUAAAAAAACACAUUUAAGAUCAUCCAUGUUUCAAGACGGAAUAAAUUCUUUGGCAAUUGUGUUUUAAAGAAAAUUAUAUUGUAAAGAAUACAAAUAUAGAAAGUGCAAUAUAAAGAUUUGCUGAUCUAAAGGCUACAAAGAUAAGUCAUGGGUAGGCUAAUUGUUCAUACUGUCCAAAUACAAGUUAAGAAAGACAUUAUUAUUGUUCAUUGUUUGUUAAAAAAAACAGACCUAGGUAAAAAAAAAAAAAAACAACUCAUUACCCAACCCCCAGUUGCAAAAUUUUGUAUUGAUUAUACGUAAAAGGGGCAUCAAAUUCAGCUUGCCCAGGGUGCCAGCUACCGUAGGGCCUGUAUAGGCCUAUUUAAGCUUUAUUACAACAGACAUUCUACUUUCUAACAUAUAAUUAUAUUUAGGCUGUGUAAAAACAAAUAUUGCCAGAAGCAAAUAUAUAUUUUUUUGUUAAAUUGAUCUAUAAAGUUAUCUAUUCCUUAUAAACUAAACAUCAAUAUAAAGUUGGCUCAUGGCCAAUAUCUCUUCACAUUAAUUUAUUGAUUUAGCCUCAUUUCCCCAUUGCUAAUUAUAGUUUUGUUGUUGUUGUUUUUUGUUUACUUUAGACUAUAUGAUAAUAUUUUUUUUUUAAAAUCAUUUCUAUAAUUUAGUAUAAUGUAUACCAAUGGGAUAAGAAAUCAUGUUAUUUGGCCAAUAUUUUGAAAUAACUGUUAAUUUUAAAAGUAGCUUCUAAAAGAUGAGGUCCAAAUUAAAUAAUUGUUUAUGGCCUACGUCUUGUAGUAAUUAAAGACUUGGCACAUUUUAUACAUUGAUUGCAUGAUUGUUGAUAUUUGUGUUUUCUGUUUUAGGCUAGUCCUUUUCAGAAUAUAAAGCUUGUGAGUUCAUUCAUUAAUAAAUAAGUGUUUUUCUUCAGACAUUCUGUUCAGCUUUGGUAAAGCUGCCACAAAAACAGUGACAGAUACUGCUAACAAGAUAAAACAUACUGUUGAGGAAAAGGUGGGUUUAACGUAAAACUCUUUUUAUGACUCAAAUAAUAGGGUCAAUAAUUAUAAACUGCAAAUUUUAAUUAUAUUUUAACUUUUGAUCAUUUUUUUUUAAAUUUCAUUUUCUUAAAUCUUAAGAUAAAUUUCUAUUUAAAAAAAAAGUCUCUGAUUGCUCAUUUCAGGGUCAUGUGUUGUAUUCAUAUGAUUAAAAAAUCUAUACUGAAUGAGAAUCGCAUCAUGAUUUAAAGUGAAUCACAUCUCUAAACAGGACUAAAAAUAUAAGACAUAUGAUAACAUAAAAACAUCAUUGGGUGCUGUAACCUUUUGCAAGUCUUGUGACAAAGACCUCAAUAUUUACAACACAUUUUUUUAUGCAAAGUCUCCAUAUUGAUUCUAGGGUUAGGUAUAAAAAAAUGAAAUAUUUUUUCCAUACAUAAUUACAUGGACAAUACUUUAUGUGAUUUGAAAUACAGGGCUGUAGGCAUAAGGGAUCAUAAAAUCUGUUUAUGACAAUGCUCAGGAGUGGGGUCAAACCACAGAUAUUCUGUAUUAUCGACAUCUUGUUACACAAACAACUUAAUUGAACAACUUACUAAUUCCUAGAAACGGGAGAUUUUUAUUUAAAGUGUAUUUUGCUUACAAUUAUUCCUGAAAUCAUGAAUGCAUAUAGUUUUCUUUUAGACAUUUACCUGAUUUCAAUCAAAUUUCUUCAGACCAUUCUGGGAGAUUUUACCAGGGAGCAAGAUAAGUUUAUGGAAGAGAAUAGGGAGAAAGUUAAACAGCAGGAGGCUGCAGUGGCUCCCUGGGUGGGUUUCAAUGAUGAAGACGACCUCAAGACACAGAUUCUGGCUUUGUCAUUGGUAAUGAGCAGCAAUCUCAGGAGAUGUUGUAAAUCAGUGGUUCUCAACCUUCCUAAUGCCGCGACCCUUUAAUAGAGCUCACCCUGUUGUGGCGACCCCCAGCCAUAAAAAAUUUUCGUUUCUCCUUUUUAAUUGUAGAGCGUUUGUGUUUUCAGUUGGUCUUAGGCGACCCCUGGAAAAGGGUCGUGCGACCCCCCAAAGGGGUCGCGACCCACAGGUUGAGAACCGCUGUUGUAAACAAUCAACAUUAACUGUAUACAAACACUUUAUUUAAAAAAGCAUUUGUUUAAGCAAAAGAAAAUGAGCAUUUACACCACAACAGUUGGUCAGUCAGAUAUUGCUCCUCUUAAUUGGAUAUUUUUGUUUAGAAUGGUCUCUUGAUAAUUUUAUGUGAUAUAAUAACUUGAAAAUAUCUUAACCUCAAUAUUUUCCAAAUAAAUUAUUAAAAUGUGUUGUUCAGUUUUAAAAUUGUGCCUAGCAUCAUUACUUGUAAAAGUAAUUUUUUUAAAAUUUAAAUAUGAGCCAAGAGAUUUUUUUUUUAAAAUAAAACAUUUAGCUCCUACUUAAGUCUUUCUGUUUCAGGAUAAAAGGAACUUUGUGAGAAAUCCACCUGCGGGGGUUCAGUUUCAAUUUGAUUUCAACAGCUCUUACCCGGUGGCCUUGGCCACAUUACAGGAGGAUCCUAACUUACAAAAAAUGAGAUUUGAUCUGGUUCCUAAACAGUAAGAUUGUUUGCAAUUCUCUUUUCCCGUAAUAUAAACUUUGUUUCGAUUCGAAGGUGUCAAAACACAAGGCAACAUUUUUUAUCUAUUAUCCCAUUAAAAAAUUGUUAACAACUCAUGGUUGAAAAAUUUAUUUUAAAAAAAUUAAGUAACUCAUGCGUAUCGGUGUUUCUUUUGCCUAAAACCUUGUUUAAAACUUUAAAGUUUGAUGCUCUUUAAUUUUUUAAAAAUGUUCUAAUGAUUAAAGAUUUAAAAAGCUUAUUUGUAAGAGUCAUUUUGAGAUAAUAGUUGGAUUUGUAUUGUUGUUUUUUUUCAAAAAUACAUACUAAAUAACAUACAGUUUAAAAAUUAAAUGAAUUUGUCCAGGUGUUAAUAAUAUUAUAUGUUGAUUGAACAGAGUGAAUGAGGAAACAUUUUGGCGCAACUACUUCUAUAGAGUCUCCUUAAUCAGACAGUCAAGUCAGCUGACCUUAUCCCUAUCACAGCAAUCAGGUGAGAAUUUAAAAGACAUUGGUAAAAAAAUAUUGUUCCUUUUAUCUCUAUAUUUGGUUCAAAGUGCUAUUAAAGCUUUGUGAUGUCUUUUGUUAAUUUGCCCUCCAUAGAACUUUCAUGAAUGUAAGAGGAAAAUUGAAUUAAUUUUAACAAAACCUUAUCAUUUACAAUUAUUUUUUAUAAAUAAAUGUAUCUUAAACGGUCAAAACUAAGAGGUAUAUGUUUACUAAAACGGGGGUGGGGGGAAUGGAGGGGGGGGGCCGAAAGAAGAAUAAUCGCCUUUAUUCUUUUUUUAUUUUUAAAUUAUUUUAAAUUUAUUAAGGUAAAAGAAAUUAAUCAAUAAAUAAUUAUGUUCAUAGAUCUAUCAUUCAUUUCACAAGUAAAUAAAAUAUUUUUAGAAAUUAUUUAAAGAUCAACUUUUGAACGGUGGCUUUAUUAUUUAUUUUAGCAAAUAAGAUUUUUAAAAUUGCUUGAUAUAUUUUUUUAAGAAAUCAUUUACAUUUAUGGGAACUACAAACUCUUGUGAGUGCUAAGAGAGUCCAUCGUAAAUAUGACAUUAUCAAAACAUUCCGGGGGGGCCACUUUUAAUUUAGAGUGGUUUGCUUAAAGUGUUGUUUUUUUUUUUGCUUUUUUUUUUUUUUUGUUUUACAUUACCCUCUUCAUUAAAACAUUUUUCUUUUUUUUUUCUUUUUCCCUUCUUAGUUUUCAUCUUUUUAAAUUUUUUGCUUUAUUUUUUUUAUUUUUUUUUUUUUUUUGUUUUUUUUUUUUUUUUGUUAUACAUUACCCUCUUCAAUAAAACAUUUUUCAUUGUUUGUUCUCUGUGCCAUCUUAGUUUUCAUCGUUUUAAACUUUGUGCAUUAUUUAUUUUAAUGGACAGCUUAUGUUAAGAUAAAAUGUAGAAAAUGUUCAAAGUCGCUGGAGAUCAUUUCAAGAAAUAUAAUUGUUAGAUCCUUAUUGAUUAUUUCCUUUUAUUCAGUGCUUUGAUGUUUUGUUUGGCUUAGUAUUUUGUUUUGCACUGCUUUUGAGAAAGGUGGUUGAAAUUAAAGGGAAAAAAACAACAGAAAACCAUUUUUGAUUUUAAAAAAAAAGGUAGUUUUCAAAUUGUUCAGGAUAAAUUUAUUUUUUUUUUCAUAGUCUGACACUGCUUUUGAGAAAGGUGGUUGAAAUUAAAGGGAAAAAAAACAACAGAAAACCAUUUUUGAUUUUAAAAAAAAGGUAGUUUUCAAAUUGUUCAGGAUAAUUUUUUUUUUUUUUCAUAGUCUGACAAAGACCUGACCUUUUUGUGCCAGGGUCAGGUUUGAAUAUGUUCCUUGUCUUCAACUGCCGUUCUCCUCCUGAAACCCACCCGCCACAUUUGUUUGUGUGUGUCUUAUAGUUUUGUGUGUGUGUCACAGGUAAAAGUUCCAGCAGCAGCUCAAGAAGGUCAUCGACGGGAAGUGAGCACAAAG